CUGCCGAGAGGGCGCCGCCGCCGCAUGCAGCCGUUUUCGUCGCUGCUGUCUCCCGGGCUGAGACCCCCCUCAGCCUCCUGGCCCCACACACAGGCACACGCGGGAACCAAGCCCGUCUAACGGCCUCUCGGGGUGUCAGGCGGAACUUGAAGUCCUGCCCCAAUGAAGGACCCGGCCCAAGGCAGAGCUCCCGAGUAGGGCGGAAAGCAGCCUGGACCCUGGGGAGACCAGAGUCCUGCUCCCGCGGAGCCUCGCCUGGAGGAGCCCGGAUCCCACACCUGAGCCAGUGGAAAACUCCUGAGCGAUGGGUGCCGCGUUCUCCCAGCCGGGCUGCCGGCAGGAGGAUGAGGACCAGUGGAUCCUGCGCCCGGACUCGGCCGUGGGUGUCAAGGCUGGCCGCUACUCCAGCACUGGGAGCAGCCGGUCGUGUUCCUGCAUGCCUCGCGAGGGCCGCUUUGUGAUUUGUCCCACCUGCCAAGGGAAUGGGGAGAUCCCCCGAGAGCUGGAGAAGCAGCUGGUGGCCCUCAUCCCCUAUGGGGACCAGAGGUUGAAACCCAGGCACACGAAGCUCUCCGUGUUCCUGGCGGUGCUCAUCUGCCUGGUGGCGGCCUCCUCCACCGUCUUCUUCCUGUUCCCCCGGUCCAUCGCGGUGCAGCCCGCAGGCCUCAACUCCUCCACGGUGGCUGUGGACAAGGCAGAUAUCCACCUCAACAUAACGAAUAUCUUGAACAUCUCCAACAGCAACUACUACCCCAUCACCGUGACCCGGCUGACCACCGAGGUUCUGCACCUGUCCCUCGUGGUGGGCCAGGUGUCCAACAAACUCCUCCUGCACAUCGGCCCUUUGGCCAGUGAACAGAUGUUCUAUGCAGUAGCCAGCAGGAUCUGGGAUGAAAACACAUACAAAAUAUGUACCUGGCUGAAAAUCAAAGUGCACCAUGUGCUUUUGCACAUCCAGGGCACCCUGACCUAUUCCUACCUGAGCCAUUCAGAGCAGCUGGUCUUCCAGAGCUACGAAUAUGUGGACUGCCGCGGAAACACGUCGCUGCCCCACCCGCUGAUCCCUCGCCCUCCGUGACCUGUCUGUGGUCCCUGCACUCCAGACACCUGCAGGCCUGGUCUGUCUCCCACAGCUCCCCGGUGCCUCCACAAGCAUGGCGGCGACUCUUCUCUGCCCAGGGGCCUGUCCUGUGGCCUCCGUGUGCGCGCUCACGUUCUCUGGACCCCGAUUUGUUUCAGGGCUGCAGCAGACCCUGCUCUUACUCUGCCUUGACCCCACGCUACCCCAGAGCUGCCUCAGAGGUCCCAGAGUGGCACCUGCCCUUUCUGUGCUGAGCACCCUGGCGGCCCAGCCCCCUUGGCCUUCCUCCUACCUGAAUGUGGAGAAAGCUGCAGGUUUUUCUGCCCAUGUGGUAACAAAGUGACUCUGGGGACAUCCAGCGCCGUUUAUGGGACCACGCGUUCUCCUGGGACGAGGUGGUGCUGCCGGCGUGCUUCUCUCUAGUCACUGGGCCUCCACCCAUCUGACGGGAGGACCCAUCAAGGCCCUUUGGCCCUGUGUCCUUCGUGGUUCACGCUGUCCCCAGUUCCUAGGAAGACAAAGCUGCUCCCCAGCGAAACAGUUUUAUCGUUCUAUUCAUAGAGGGAGCCAAGGUAGCAGGGAGGGCGGAAGUCACCUGCCACCCCCUGGGCCAACCUGGGGAGGACAGAGCCAACACCAGGGUUAUUUUAAAAGGUAUUUACUCGCCAAAAGAGGGUUGCUAAGCCGGCACCUCCGGCCCCCGUGAGAGGACAGAGGCAGGUCAAAUGGCAGGCCCUGGUACCCUCUUCCAAAGCCUCCAAGAGACAGAGCUGCCCACAUCCCGCCGACGCUGCCGGGCUCCGUUCCACCCCAGCUCUGCACCAGAGCCCACCCCGCAGGCUCGGCGGCAGGGAGUGCCAUGUCCCCAGGUCUGAUCCGGACCCUCUCCUGUCGCGUGGAGGUAGCUAAGGCCGAGAUCACCCUGGCCUCCCCCGAGGCUCCGAGCAGAGGAGUCUGUGCUUUAGCCCAGCAGCAUGGUGUUUGCUCACUGACGGGAGCUGGGUCUUUCUCAUUCAGACAGGUAGAGAGAUGGAGAUGAUGGGAACGCUGCUGGGGGAGUAGGAGGGAUAGAGAGAGAGGAGUGGGCGACAGAAGCUGCCAACUGGCUGGCUGGGGGAGCCAGGGCAAGGCAGGAGGCCGCGCUGUCUCCCUGGGGAGCUGAGCCCAAGGUGGUGCAGGCUGGAGCUGCUGUGGUGCAGUUGUCAAAUGGAAAGGUUCGGCGUUGUGUGCAAUAAACUCUACUUACAAGCGU